CAGCUAUCACUCUCUGUCUCCUCCCCUUCCUAUUUGUCUCUCCCCCCCUCCCCCCACCUUUCGGCCCCUCUUCCUGUCCCUCCAUCUCUUCUCUGACUCUUCCUCAUUACUCUAACCCCUCCCUGUCUCUCACCCACCCUGUUCAGAAACUGGCGACCUCGAGCAGUUUGGAAGGUGUCCAGGAGGAGGCUGCAGUGAGUCGCUCAUUGAUCCUGUUCAGCACCUGUUUGGAAAAUGAGAGGACCGCAUUGUUAUAGCGCCUUUGAUAGCUAUUGAAUGUUUCCAAGGAACCUUCUGGGAAUGGAAGACUUUUCAAGUUCAGUUGCUAUUAUAGCACCAAUAUUUGUACACAGCAAGAUCCCAAGAGAUUAUCUCAUCGCCCUUCGUGACCAGGUGUCAGGUUCUGUGUCAUAUCACUCUUGGGCAGCACCUUGGGAACUUCCAUUAUGUCAAAGGGAUCAGAGAGAUUGAGGAAGAGCCUGGACGUUCCUCCGGAACCAGCUGAACAGCCAGAGCUGCCACAGCACCUGAGCCAACUCAGCGCAGCGACCAAAGUGCUAUCAGACCUGCUCAGGGAACAGCUACAGGCCUUCACUCAGCUCAACAUUCCCACUGCGGAAUUCCCAGGUCGGGAUGACAAGCAGAUUCAUGCUUCAGGGACACAGCUAGCAGCCCACAGCACCCCCCCAGCCCUGUCCGACUCCACCCAAGGAGCUGAAGCAGCGACUCUGUCUGUAUCCAGCCCCAUUCAGAUGUAUCUAACCCCACCACAAACCAGGCAGGAUCUCAUGCGAUACUUCAGUGUGGUGACCUUUGACCCAAACACAGCAUCUGAUUGGCUGCUACUUUCAGACGAUCUGCAACUCGUGACCAAUAAGCAUCCCAAGAACCAGAACCAUCCCAAACACACAGACAGGUUCACUCGGCAGCACCAAGUGCUGGGAAACCAGGAGUUUACAUCUGGGGUCCAUUACUGGGAGGUAUCGGUGAGUGGGGGCUCCGUGCGUGUUGGCUUGGCGAAUCGUCAAAUCCACCGGACUGACCGUGGGUCUGCCUCCAUCCUCGGAGAGAAUGCGGUCUCCUGGUGCCUGGAGCUGGACCAGGGCAGUGGGGUGGCCUGGCACGAUAACAGGAAAAGUGAGCCCGUGCCUUCCCCGUACCAGUGUCUCGGCCUCCUCUUGGACUUUCCCAGUCAGACCUUGUCGUUCUAUGGGAUCCGUGAGCAGGCGAUCCUGCUCCUGCACCAGUUCCAGACUGGCUUCACCCAGGGCCUGCUGCCAGCUUUCUGGGUCAGCAGGAACGCCAAGAUCCGGAUCAACAACAACAAGACCCAGAAACCGGCAGGACAGACCCCAAUCGGAAACAGAUCCUGAUCCUCGGGAUCCCAGUUUAAUGAUCGUCCAAAGCCUCAGGGUCCGGACCGGAAAUAGAUUCUUCUCUCUGAUCACGACAAGUACUUUUCGGAGCAUUGAUCUGUUCAGUGGCAUCUGACAGUGCUCAGAGUGAGAGAGAAUGUAGAUGGGAGGAGAGCUUUCCUGCCGAGUUACAGGGAGAGGGACAGGGAGGGGAGUGGGAGGGUGGGCAGAGGAAGAGGAGAGCCAUGUUCCCCUCACUGAGGUUUCCUGGGUCCCUAACCUGAACGGGUGGCUGCCCUGUCUCUCUGCAGGAAAUUCCACAAAAGGAGAACUUGGCUAAACCACAGAGAGAACGCAGUGGUUAGGCCCUGCCCACAGACUCAGCCACAAAGCGAGAUCCGAGCAGAUUGGAAACAGUAGCCCGUGUGUGAACGCUGGGCCUCAGUCCACCCAGUGAGGGACUGGACCCUGCUCAGGGGCUGAUUAUCCAGAGCAGCACAAGGUGCUGGCUGUGUUCACAAACACUCUUUGGAAUCCACUGCCGUUCCAGACACAGAAUAACACUAGCUGUUUAAAAAUAUCAAUUCUCACUUCCCCUUAGCAUCUUUCCACUUCCUCCUCAUUCAUUCAAUUAAAACCUCUGAUUUUGAACAGAUUUCUGAAAUCUCACCUACCUUCCCUGGUCUCCACUAUCCCGAUCUGCUUCGAGCCAGUCUGUGACUCUCUCUCUCUCUCUCUGUGUCCCCAGGAGUGUCCCAGUUUAUUUACAGCAGGCAGCUUUCAGGGAAGGAGGAAUGUCGGAUCCCUGUCCCUGUCUCCUCACUGCCUUUCUGCAAUGAUGGAUGAGAAGAGGGAGAGUUGGCUUUCAUUAGGCUCCACUAUCCCUGGGCUCCCAAGGCCUUUUAUGGUGCAGUGGUAGUGUCCCUGCCUGUGAUCCAGGAGGCCCAGGUGGAGGGCCUACCUGUUCGAGGUGUGUAAUAACAUCCUUGAACAAGUUGGUUAGAAAAUCGCUCUCCUUGUUUUCCCUCCUCAGUUGUUUGCUACCACCGUCCAUGCUCCUCUUCAUCUUAUACCCCUUUGUCAGGAUCCUCCCUUCAGCCAUCUCUGUUCUAAAGAAAACAGCCCGAGCUCACCUGAGACUGGAUAAAAUGUUCCAUCCCGGGAACCAUCCUGGUGAAGUUCCUCUCCACCCCCUCCAGUACAAUCCCAUCCUUCCUGUAGUGUGGGGACCAGAACUGCACACAGUCCUCCAGCUGGGGCCUGACCAAUGUCCUGUCCUGCCCCAACAUCACCUCCCUGCUCUUACAGUCUGUGCCUCAACAGGUAAAGGCAAGUGUCCCAUUUGCCUUAUCACCAACCCUAUCACCCUCUCCUGCCUCCUUCAGGGAUUUAUGAACAAGUAUUGCAAGAUCCCUCUUUUCCUCCGAGCUUCCUACUGUCCUUCCAUUCAUAGAAUUCUUCCCUGUUAAUUCUUCCAAAGUACACCGAUUCACGUUUAUCAGUUAAUCUUCAUCUGCCACUGAUCUGCCCAUCUGAUAAGUUCAUCUAGAUCCUCCUGUAACUUACAACAUUCUUCCUUACUGUUAACCUUAGUGUCACCCAUCAACUUAUCACCCUUCUCUCCAUAUUCUCAUCCACAUCAUUAAUGAAUAGUCCAAACAAUAAGGGACCUGGCAGUGAUCCCUGUGCGACAUCACAGCCCACCGGGCUCCAGUCACUGUUACAAGGUGGGAACAUGGAAGGAUGAUGUGGGAAUUCAGUCACAGGGGUACGGUCCCACAGGGGUACGGUCCCACAGGACAGGGUACGGUCCCACAGGACGGGGUACGGUCCCACAGGGGUACGGUCCCACAGGGGUACGGUUCCACAGGGGUACGGUCCCACAGGACGGGGUACGGUCCCACCUCAGUGAAGGCAGUCCUGGGCUUACAGAGGGUUGGUAAUAGAUAAAGUGGUAAUAUCUGAUGAUCACCUGCCCCUCAGAUGGAGACAUUCUCUCACUCUCUGAAACCCAACAAAUCUGGACUUUCCAAAACACAGGAAGGAUUUUCUUACUGUAAGAGUUUCCCAGCGGCCUUCCUGGUAUCUGGUUUGAGGAAUUCUGUCCAUCUGGUUGACGGGAGCCCCCCUGCCCAGUCACUGGAGCAGCUUGUUGAGAACGCUAUCCUCUGGGCUCUGACAGAGACAGCAGGGUCCUCACUGCAAACAGGUUUGACUCUCUGCAGUGGCAAUGUCCAUACCUCUAAACAAGGAUGCCUGGGUCCAUGUCCCACCUAAUCCUCAGGCAAGGAAUGACAUCUCUGAGCAGGUGGUUAGAAAAUGGCUCGAGCAGCUGCCUGACAGGAGGAGGAGGAGGGGAACGAGAACAGACAAUCUCAGGGAGGGACAACAAGAGGAGCAGGGGCAAGAGGUUUUGGAAGGAAUCGGGAGAUUGUUUACGCUUUUGAUCAAAGUCUGUGGUUGAGAUUUGCAGAAGCUUUUCCAGCCAGACCUGCAUCAGAAAUGGAGAGUCACUGGCCCUGUAAGGUAUUCAGGCUGUUCAAUGUUAAACCCAAGACCAAAACACAUAAGCAGAGUGUGUCUAAAGGACAGGCCUCUGAGCAAGGGCUCACUUUCAUACAGAGCCACAACGGCAGCUAACAAAAGCACAGAGCUGUUGGAUCUGUGAGCAUGAACGUAAGGAAACAAUAUGACCAAACGUUUAAAGCAUCUAUACACAGUCUAAUGGCCGAACGUGUUAGGAAUGCUUUGAGAGAGUGACCCAAAUUGCUGCCUUUCUGAAAUGUGUAGAAACCAUAAACCAGUUUAUCUCCUUUACCAGAAAACCCUUUAAUAUCAUUGCAAGCUUUUUCAAAAAUGACAACAAGACACUCGAAGUUUGUUUAUUCGCUCACAGGAUGUGGGCAUCACUAGUUAGGCAUUUAUUGCUUGCCUGUAACCACCCAGAGGGCAGUUCAGUGUCACCCACAUUACUGUGGGUCUGGAGUCACGUGUAGGCCAGACUGGGCAGUUUCUGACCCGAAAGAGCAUGAGACCCAGAUGGGGUUUUCUGACAAUCAGCAACGGUUCCAUGGUCACCAUUAGACUGUUAAUUCCAGA